AUGGCUCUCAGUAUCAGUCUGAAGAGAGUGACCAACCUUCCAGGAAAACAUGAACGACAAGCAACUCUGACCUUUCGAGGUUUCACUCACAAGACCAAGAAAGUCCACACAGGCCCAAUAUUUGAUAUUAGUGAGCAUUUCAGAUGGCCGCACUAUGGAAAAAUAGUGUCUGAUGAGGUCUUAACUGUCAAGGUUUACAAUUGCAGCAAAGUUUUCACGCACAGAUUGCUGGGAAAACUUAUCAUCAGCCUUCAGCAUCUACCAAAAAAUGGCCGGCUGGGUCUCACAGAGGCUCUUGUGGAUAAAAACUUUAGCGUCACCAGGAUUUAUGUUGAGUUGGAUAUUCGCUAUCAGCCACCAGAUGGAGCAGCAGGUUCCUGGAUGCGAGAUGACUUUUUUUCAGUAGAAGACCACUCAGAUUACAUUAUUCGGAAUGUGCACUUUGAAGAGGAGGAUAUUGAGGAAGCUGAAGUCGCUCGUAAGAAAGAUAUCGAUUCGGCCAAAAUAGGGAAGAAGCUGGUGAAAAGAUCCGAUGAUGAUGAGGACGAUGAUGACGAUUCCUAUGAUGAAUCGGAUAUUGAGAUUACUGGGGUCAGCUUCACUCCUAUACUGAGUCGAUGCAUUGUUCCUGUGAGAGAUUCUGUAGCAAAUCCUAGUCCCAGGACUUUUAGGGUUGCAAUUACUAUCGUACAAGCUCAGAAACUCAUCGGAGUCAAUAUUAAUCCAGUAGUACAUGUGAAAGUCGGGGAUGAAAAAAGACACACUGCAACCCAAAAAUCAACAAACUGCCCCUUUUACAAUCAGUAUUUCCUUUUUGAAUUCCUUGAAGCUCGGGAUGUUGUAUUCGACAAACUUAUUGAGAUAUCGGUUGUUCAUGCCAAGAGAAUCCCAAUUUUUGGAACAAACCUUGGAACAUUUAAAAUAGAUGUUGGAACUGUCUAUAACCAGCAAGAUCACAGAUUUCUACAGAAAUGGGCAGUGAUUACUGAUCCAAAAGAUACCCGAGCGGGUAUAAAAGGGUUUGUGAAAUGCAAUCUGUCUGUAGUAACAAGAGGAGACCCAAUGACUGCACCUCCGUCAACCACAAGCACCCAAAAUGAUGACAUUGAAAAGAACUUACUGCUCCCCAAGAGGGUCCCAGCCGAGAGGCCAUGGUCUAAAAUCAGUGUUAAAAUCUAUAAAGCUGAAGGCUUACCCAGCAUGAAUGAUGGCAUCAUGGGAAGUUUCUCUAAGAUCAUGGGGGAGAAGAAGGUCUUUAUUGAUCCAUAUGUACAGGUUCUAUUUGCUGGUCAGCAGGGAGAAACAUCUGUGGAAAGUGACACCAACAUCCCAGAAUGGAAUGAGCAAGUCACUUUCAUUGAACUUUUCCCUCCUCUUGCUCGGAAGAUAAGAAUUCAGGUCCUGGAUGAUGCUCACAUUGGGGACGUAGCGCUGGCCACUCAUUUUAUUGACCUGCAGCAGAUAUCUGACCCAAGCAAAAAUGCUGGCUUUAACCCAACAUUCGGCCCUGCCUGGGUCAAUCUUUACGGAUCUCCUCAGAACUAUACACUGAGAGAUAUCCAUCGGGAUCUGAAUGAAGGUCUUGGUGAGGGGAUCUUCUACCGAGGUCGGAUCAUGGUCGCUGUAACGCUAGAAUUAUUCUCCAAUAAUAAUGUGCAGGAGAAAAAGCCCUUGCAAGCCCUCAAAAAUGCCUUCAGUAAAUUGAAGCUGAAGAAGAAAAGCAAAAAGUCACAGGAGAAGGAGAAAGAAAAUGCGGCUGCUGCAGCAGCGGAGCGUGCUGAUGGAGAUGAGGAUGAGGAGAAAAAUGAACAGCCAAACGCGGUCACUGUGGAGGUGGAUGAUAUCCUGCCAUUGCCAGAGAAUGCUUUAGGAGUAAAGGAAGAGUUCCUUCUGUUUGGAGUGCUAUUUGAGGUCACAAUGAUGGACCCCAGUAUUGGAACCAAACCUGUCAAAUUUGAGUUUUCUAUAGGCAACUAUGGUAAAACGACUGAAAUAAUCACUAAAUCUUCUAAAAAGAAGGAAAAAUUGGAGACGGUACCAGAGGAACGUCAGGGUCUACUGGACACUGCAUCAGAGGAUGAACUCAGUGUGGAUAUGGAGGAGGAAGUGACCUUAAAAACCGACCAGCAUGGCAUAUCGGUGACACCUGGAAAGAAGCCUCAGCGCACAGAACCAGACAAUUCAUACAGUUACUUACCCCUGGGUAACGAAAGGCCAUGUGUCUAUGUAUGGAGCCAUUGGGAGGAUCACAGUUGGAGACUGUGCAACUCCAACUGGAUAAUCAAGAUAGCAGAGCGUCUGGAACGUGGACUCGAUGAGGUUGAUAAACUCACAAGGAGACCUAAAUCCAAGCCAGAAGUCCGUCUGAAGCAAGUCCUAGAAGAAUUUGUGGCUGGCUGCAGACAGUACUCAAUGAAUGCUCGAAAGAGGACCAUGGCUCGUCCCAACAACUUGGACCAAUGCAGGAUAAAAUCUCUUCCUCACAAUAUUAUCAUGGCUGCCAAACAAGCAAUGAGAGCCAGGCGCCAGCUGACCAAGAACAAUGUGAAACAAAAGAUUAAUGACGGGAGGAAGAUUUUAGCAAAAGUUCGGAUCGUGGCUAAAGAGCCCCAGUGCACGCUACCUGACGUUCUGGUAUGGAUGUUCAGCAAUAAUAAGCGACUGGCCUAUGCACGGAUUCCAGCGCAAGACAUCCUCUACUCUGUGGUGGAGGAGGAGAAGGGGAAGGACUGUGGCAAGAUCUCCAGUAUCUACUUCAAGAUCCCAGGAUCAUACAGCGGUGAAAUCUUUGCCAAAGCCGAAAUCUACAUGUGGCUGGGAGUAAAGAAGUAUGCCAAGAACAGCACAGCGGAUCUGCCUGAGGAUUACAAGCUCCUCUAUGACAGAAACGGAGAACUGGUGGAGGCUCCAACCCCCAAUCCACCAAUUCUUCUUCUGCGGGAUGAUUACCGCUAUUUCCAGCUGAGGGCUCACAUUUACCAGGCUCGGGGAGUACUAUCUGCCGAUGACAAUGGCUUGUCUGAUCCAUUCGCUAGAGUUAUUUUUGGAGGUUUAUGUCAGAACACACAGAUCAUUAAUGAAACUCUGGCGCCCAUGUGGAAUGAACUGCUCAUCUAUGACAAUAUACUGAUGGAUGGGAAUAAGGAAAACCUAAGGAAUGAUCCACCUCUUAUCAUUAUUAAUAUUUAUGAUCAAGAUAAGUUUGGGGCACCUGAUUUUCUUGGCCGCGCAUUUGCAACACCCAUCGUGACAUUACUGGAUGAAGAGGAGGCAGAAGACGCAGGGUUUAAAUACGGCCAACCCACCUUGCAGUUCUUUGACAUCUUCAAGGGAAAGACUCCUGCUGGGGAGCUUAUAGCUGUAUUUGAACUCAUUGAGAUGGAGAACAAAACCUUCAUGAGAGAGCCAGCACUGCCGGAUUACAUAAUACCCCAGGAACCAGAAUACAUGGAUGAAGCCAUUGACCGUUACAUUAUUCCAAAAGGCAUCCGGCCUGUCCUAAAGGAAUUCAGAAUAGAGAUGCUAUUCUGGGGGCUGCGAGAUCUCAGGAGGAUCAACUUGUUUGAAGUGGAACAACCUCAAGUGUACAUUGAAUGUGCCGGGAAGAAGGUGGAGUCUGAAGUCAUUUUACACUACAAGGAAUUUCCUAAUUUCACAGAACUGGUUAAAUGCGUGGAUGUGGAACUUCCAGAGCAAGUGUACCUCCAUCCACCACUGAGUAUCUUCGUAGUUGAGAAACGCGCAUUUGGCCGCUCUGUCUUGGUCGGGUCUGCAGUAGUUUCUAAUCUUAUGAAGUUUGCUCCAAAAGAAAUGGAGGAAAGCAUUGAGGAGAAACGUGAGUAACAAAUGGAAUGGGUAGGGCCUCUAAAUCUGAUUGAAACCGUUGUAGUUAUGGAACAAGAGGACAAAGACAAGAAAUUCAACCCUCUCAGCAUAAUGAGGGACCCUUUGAAGAGUCUGGGCAAAACAAUAACUAAGGAGGAAGAGCUGGAGGAAGACAGGCCAGAAGCGGAAGAGUUGGACUGGUGGUCGAAAUACUAUGAAUCCCUAAGAGAUGUAGCAGACCAAGUAAACGCAGCUGAUGAGGAUGAAGAAGCUGAAAAUGAAGGAGAGGGGGAUUCCAAUAUCAUCACCUUAGAUGUUACCGAGGAAGUAGAAUAUGCGGAGGUGGAGCUUCCAAAACCAAAAAGGAAACCAAUUUCCACUUUGAAGAUAUAUAAAGCAGAACUGGAAGAGGAGUUUGACAAGUUUGAAGACUGGCUUUAUGUAUUUCCUCUGUACCGCGGCAAGGCGUUGGAUGAUGAGGAUGGUAAUGAUGAUGAUAACUUUAUGGGGAAAUACAAGGGCUCCUUCUAUAUCUACCCAGCAGGGGAAGCCACUGAUGAGUUCCAAAUAAUGAGAGGAGUCCCCAGGAACCGACCGGUGAAAGUACUUGUCCGCAUUUACAUCGUCAAGGCAACAAAUUUAGCCCCAGCUGACCCCAAUGGAAAGUCAGAUCCUUACAUAGUAGUGAAGGUUGGUGAACAGACAAAGGACAGCAGGGAGAGAGAGAUCCCCAAGCAGCUGAACCCUGUGUUUGGAGAGGUGUUCGAAAUGACGGUCUCCUUCCCAGUGGACUCAGAACUGACCAUCUUAGUGUAUGACCAUGAUCUGAUCGGAUCAGAUGACUUGAUUGGUGAGACAAAGCUGGAUCUGGAAAAUCGUUUCUACAGCAGCCAUCGGGCCAACUGUGGUCUGGCCCUACAGUAUGAUGUGUAA